AUGAUCCAGGAAAUUGUCUCCUUCCUGAAGCGAUACCUCACCAAAUACUCUACAGCUCUCGGCGGGCUGAUCAGAAAACAACUGGCGUUAAUCUUCUUCUUGUCCCGUAUCAAAGGCGCACCACGAGAGCCGCAAAGCGAUGCACCAGCAUCAGUUUCGGAGAGCCAGGGCACUGUAGCUGCUAUGGCACUUCCUGGUCCAUCCCAGGCUGAAAGAGAACCAGAUGUCGCUGGACCCGAUGAUGGAUCCGUUGGAUAUGAUGUUCCUGUCACUCCUAUGUUACCCAUCGAACUUCAGCGAUAUAAUCGAAACAACAGCCUUAGCUACGAGGACGCACCUAAUAUGCUGGCUUCUCGCUGGAGACGGUAUCUUCGACCGCCUUUCCGUUCGAACUCGGACAACACAAUCCCAACAGCAACAGCGUUUUUUCCUGACCACGACUCGGAAUCAGCGUAUCAAAGCGAGCCAGAGAACCCUAUCCCAAAUGGCUGGCAGAUGGUUCAUCAUCCCGAAGGUGCAAUAUUUUACUACCAUCAGGAAAUGAGGGUUUUUACGGACGUUAACAUAUGUGAUGAACACAUUCAAGAAGACGUAGAAUGGUAUGCGGAAUAUCUUUACGAGAAACUCGAGGAGGUUCUUGGUGUUAGUAAGCAUUUGGACAAACGGCAAAGGGACGCUUUAGAGCAACACUCCGUGCUCGUGAUUGAGCCCCAGGUGGAAAGUAUACAAGAUGACAUCAGGGUUAUCAUUCGAUACUAUUUCGUCAAUCACGAAGGACAAAGCAUUUUUUGGUUACACGAGGUUAACUUUACGCUGUUUAACCUCGAGGGCGUCUCACAUAUGUCCCACAAGAAAUUUGGUAUCGCAGCGCAUUACUGGUUGCGUGGUUAACAACGAACUCUUGGAUGGUAUCAAGAAUAUCAUACUUUACGCCAAGUGCAAUUAUACCUCGGCAAACACUGCGGGACACCUCAUCAGCAUUAGCGAAGUGGACACGUAUUUGUCUGUAGUUGCUAAUCUUCAAGAUAUGACUACGAGGGGAAUGCAUGCCGUAUGUGUAGUCGAGGCUAUCCUCAACUCCAACAAUCGGCUUAAAUCUCAAGGCCGUAUCAUGCAUAAUAUUACAUACAACCAGUUUAUGAACUUUUAUGGGCAAAGUAAUGCACGACUCCACGAUGAAGAUGUCUACUGGUGGAUUUCAGGCUGGGACUAUUCUCCGUCGUUGUGGAUGACAUUCGUGUCAUGGCUUCUAUUCCGUGCGCCAAAGGCCUAUGUCACCACCCUCCACGACAUCUAUUUGGACAAGAUAGCCAAUAGGUACACAUGGAACGAGUUCAUUGUACAUCUGAAUAUGCAACUUCAGGACUUCAACCUUCUUGCAACGGUAUUAUUAAAUGCUAAUGUCGGAUUUCUUGCAAUUCAAAGUGUGGACAACGGCAACAAUGGACAAAGGUCGUUCACGCAAAUAGCGAGCUAUUGGUCGUUAUCAGCAAGCGUUGGGAGUAUCUUACUUGGUACAUUUCUUGUCCGUUUUCACCAAAGCGAGGGCCAUAAGGAUGUUGCAGCGGUGGCCACAUUUUUGAAGAAGAUUCAUUCUCAUAAACGCGGUUUGGAACAGUUAGCCAUAGUUUAUAGUCUGCCUUAUGCUCUUCUGAUGUGGAGCCUCGUCUUCUUCUCCGUUGCUUUUAUCACCGAGGCAUAUCAAACGGGCGACCGAUCCGACAUAAUCUCUUUGGGAGUGAUAGUUACGGUCACGCUCUACCUCGUUUUCUAUGGAACUUUCUCCAUUCUCUACGGCUCACACAAUACGAGAGUCGUGGGCCUCAGAUUACUGCAAGUUCGCCUAAAACUUGCUCCUUCUACCUGGGCUAGCAAGCUUUCUUCUUUGAGUUCUCCUUUCCGCUCUACGUGGGCGAAACUUUUUGCUAAAGUAGAAGUGGCACACAGAGCGUCUGAGAGGGCUCCCGCUGUGUCAAUUACAAGUGACAUCCAACUAGACGACCUGGAAGCCCCAACUCAGCGACCUGAAGCUUUUACCAUUGAGGAGGUGUCAUGGGGUAUCGCUGUCGUACCUCGAGAUUAA